AUGGCGACCUCAACUCGAACAAAGAAGGCUAAGCAACUAAAACAAUUGCAAGCUAAACGUGCAUAUAUUGUUGGAUCUAUCAACUUGAUCCGCGAAUUUGAUGAUGAUUUUGAUGAGACGAAGUCGGCCGAAAUUCCGUUUCGUCUCGAACGAUUGGACAAACUGAUGGAAGAUUUGGAAAAGGUAGAGACUGACCUGGAUUCACAUCGUCUUGGUGAUCCAGUCUUCUCCGAAAGUCGCGCUGAAAUGCAAACGCUGUAUUUCAGAUUAAAGGGUUCUUUGUCAAGCAAACGAACCGUUAUUCCACAAGCUAUUCCACCCGCUCACGUACACGAGGCAGUUCCCACUGUUGCAUCUGGAGUGCGUCUACCGGAAUUAAGGCUUCCUGAGUUUGAUGGGAGACCUGAGGACUGGUCAGCAUUCCAUGACCUCUUUCGAGCAAUGAUUCACGACAACACUUCACUGUCGGCCAUUCAAAAGCUGCAUUACCUUCGUGCUACACUGAAGGGGGACGCAGCUCGCGUUAUUUGUUCAUUUCCGAUCACGUCGGCCAGUUAUCCCAUUGCCUGGAAAAUGAUUUGCGAUCGCUACGAAGACAAACACCUUUUGAUCAAACAACACAUUUCUGCAUUGUUCUCGAUCGCGCCUAUGAGAGUGGAAUCAGCAGCGGGUUUGUCAGAUUUAGCUGAUGAAUUCGAAAAGCACGUGAAGAUUUUGGAUUCGUUGGAGACGAAGGCGCAACAUUGGGACUCUGUGUUGGUGGAGCUUCUGUUUAGCAGAAUGGACAUCGACACGCAGAAAUUGUGGGAAAACCAACGAGAUAAAACUGUACGUCCGUCAUACGACAACCUGCUACAAUUUGCUCAUGAACAUUCUCGAACACUACUAUCACUAAAGCUCUCCCAAACCGCUAUUUCUCUAUCGGAGAUCAAAUCUCCUAAAUCUCGAUCGGUUACCUCUCACUCAGCAUCUGAGUCCACGCCGAGAUGUGCCGGUUGCAAGCAACCUCAUUUUCUAUUCCAAUGCGAAUCGUUCCGGGCCCAGACGCCCCAGCAACGCUUUGACUUCGUCAGAAGAAGCAAUCUUUGCACAAACUGCUUGAAGUCAUCACAUCUGGCUAAGAACUGUACUGGCGGAUCGUGUAAAUAUUGCCAAAGAAAACAUCACACACUACUUCACCUUCCACUCUCACCCACGUUGAUUGCAAUGGAAGCUCCACCACACACCCAACCCGAAGACAUCCCGGUGGACCAGCAGCACCUGCAGGUCGAAACUACUCAAAGGCCGUCGCAUUCUCCUUACGUUGCUCUCUUAAGCGACACCGCGGUCGCUUCGGUUGGUCGUUCGAUAUCGUUACCGCCGCCGUCGGUUUCUUCGCCCCUCCCUGCUCCGUCGGGUACAAUUACAUCACCGUCCAAUAUCUACCAAACAGGCUCGCCUACAUGUGAUUCAACAGUGAUGCUCUUUACUGCACUCGUUAAAGUUCGAGACAGUUUUGGGAAAUGCCAACUCGCUCGCGUGCUUCUGGAUAGUGGCUCGCAGUCAAAUUUUGUGUCGGAAUCAUUGUGCCAGCGUCUUUCAUUGAAUCGUACGAAGAUAAAUGUACCGGUCAGUGGCAUAGGCCAGUCUCAAGUCAAUGUUCGGUACAUGGUAACAGUGCAAUUCUCCUCUCGCUUCGAUGACCAAGAGUAUUUCCUAGAGUGUUUGGUGCUGCCCAGAUUGACCGUGAGUCUGCCAACAAGUACCGUGGACAUCAACACCUGGAAAAUCCCCAAGAACUUGCCGCUUGCAGACCCACAGUUCAAUGUUAGCCAUGGCGUUGACAUCAUCGUUGGCGCAGAGCUUUUUGCGAUCCUCCUACAAGCCGAGCAAAUAAGUUUUAACGACCACCUUCCAGUUCUGCACAAGACCAGCCUAGGGUAUGUAAUUGCCGGACGAGUACCCACCAACACGCCAGCUCCAGUCGCUUGUCUGGUCUCCACUCUCGACAGUCUGGAUGCUAAAGUCAAGAAAUUCUGGGAAAUUGAAGAUUUUGACCAUGGCAAGGCGCUUACUGUCGAGGAGACGCGUUGUGAGGAACAUUUAGCAAAGACACACUACCGUAAUGCUCAUGGACGAUACGUGGUGCGUCUACCGGUUCGCCAGGAACUGCUUCCCUUGAUUGGAGAUACAUGGAGUAGAGCUGCUCGGCGAUUUACAGCAGUGGAGAAACGUUUCCGCACAGAUGAAGCUCUCCGCGCAAACUACCAGGAAUUCAUGGACGAAUAUGAAUUGCUUGGGCACAUGGAGGAGGUGAAGGCUAGUGACGUGAUGCCCCAGUUCAUUCUGCCGCAUCAUGCAAUACACCGUCCUGAUUCGUCGACUACAAAAAUCAGGGUAGUAUUUGACGGCUCAGCAAAAAGUUCUAACAACAUGUCUCUCAAUGAUAUGCUUCUUUGCGGACCGACCGUGCAACCGCACCUGCAGACCGUUCUACUGAACUUUCGCUUACAUCGCUAUGUUAUGAAGGCAGACAUAGAGAAAAUGUUCCGUCAAGUACUAAUUGAUCCAUCCGACCGCGCACUUCAACAGAUUUUGUGGCGUAAAAAUGAAUCCGAACCGUUAACAACAUAUCAGUUGAAUACGGUAACAUAUGGUACAUCUUGCGCUCCAUAUUUGGCCACCAGGGCGCUCAACCAAUUAGCAGUAGACGAUGGUGAUUUGUUCCCAUUGGCUGCACCAGUGGUGAAGGAAGACUUUUAUGUGGACGACGCGCUUACGGGUGCUAACACCAUAGGGGAGUUGGUAGAAAAAAAUCGGCAGCUUACAUGUCUGUUGGAAAGGGGUGGUUUCCUGCUUCGUAAAUGGAGUGCCAAUCAUCCGGAAAUUCUCCAACAUGUUCCAGAGGAGCUCAAGGAGACAACUACGGAAUUGGAGCUAGACAGUUCAACCACAAUAAAAACUUUAGGUCUACUAUGGUUCCCUUCAGAUGAUCAACUCGGAUUCAAAGUACCAAACCUGCCGUCUUUGACCAAGGUAACUAAGAGAAUCGCCUUGUCAGAGAUGUCCCAACUCUUUGAUCCGCUAGGUCUCGUGGGGCCUAUCGUGGCCAGUGCCAAAAUGUUCGUUCAACAAUUGUGGCAAGAAAAUCUGGACUGGGACGAUGAGCUACCGAAGAAGCUACAAUCCUGGUGGCUGUCCUUCAGAUCAUCCAUAGGAGAAGUAAGAAAUUUCCGUGUACCUCGAUGGGUUUUCGAGGUUGAAAUGGUCGGUUAUGACCUCCACUGUUUCACCGACGCUUCCGAAAGGGGAUACGGGUGCUGCAUUUACGCGGUGGCAACGAGCGAUAGCGGCUUAAAAACUAGUAAUCUGCUCAUGUCAAAGUCUCGAGUAGCUCCAGUAGCUGGCUUCUCCAUUCCUAGACUGGAGCUUUGUGCUGCUGUCCUGGGAAGCCAACUAGUCGACAACGUGCUCCAUACAACUAGAUUCUCAGGACAGCCAAUCUUUUGGACGGACUCAUCCAUUGUUUUCCACUGGAUCAAGUCUCCUCCGGCUACUUGGAAGGUCUUCGUGUCAAAUCGGAUUUCGGAAAUACAACGACUUACUCAAGGAUCCCAGUGGCGACAUGUCCCAACCACCGAAAAUCCAGCGGAUUACAUAUCCCGAGGAGUAGAGCCUCGUCAGCUGACACAGAACCAGCUUUGGUGGAGUGGGCCCUCGUUUUUGUUGCUCCCGUCGGAAGAAUGGUCUGCGCAGAUCCUACCUGCUUCUUCAGCCAUAAGCACACACAUAUCGAACGAACGGAAAUUGACAGUAGCGCUGCAUACUUCAGAUGCUUCAGAUGAUUCAACGAUACGAAAACAUUCGGAGUUUGCACCUCUUCUUAGGAUUACAGCUUAUUGUCUGAGAUUCAUAACUAAUUGUCGAUCACCGAAAUCAGAGAGGGCCACAGGAAACCUUACAGUCCAGGAGUACGACGAUGCUCUGAAAUCUCUGGUGCGCAUUGCUCAGCGCGUGAGCUUCAAAAACGAAAUUCGGUUUCUACAAGGUAAUCCACAAGAGCAGAGUUCACUGAAGAACGCCCAGUUUAAGUCAUCAAUCAAGAACCUUGAUUUAAUUCUGGAUUCUUCAAAUUUGCUGCGACUGAAUGGCCGUUUGACCAAACUACUUGGAUCAUAUGACAAUCGCCUUCCCAUGGUACUGCCAGGUGAUGAUCAUCUAAGCCAUCUUAUUGCCAGAUCAAUACAUCAUCAAACUCUCCAUGCUGGUCCAACUCAAUUACUAGCCACAAUGCGGCAACGAUUUUGGCCAGUCCGUGGCAAGGACCUCGCUCGACGGACAGUACAUCGUUGCGUGACAUGCUUUCGUUGCCGUCCGAAACCAAGCAAUCAGUUUAUGGCACCUUUACCAGUUGAGCGGAUAACACCAGCGAAGAUCUUUGAACACACGGGGCUCGAUUAUUGCGGACUGUUUCACGUUCGGGCAUUAGCAGGUAGGGGCGCUUCGGUUAAAGUCUGGGUCGCAGUGUACGUGUGUUUCGCUGUUAAAUACGUUGUGCUAGACAUCGUCGCCGGGUUGUCAGCAACGGCAUGCGUCAAUUCUUUGCGGCGUUUCGUCAGUCGUGUCGGGCGCGUUCGCGUUAUACACUGCGAUAACAGUACCGCGUUCGUCGGCGCAAGUCGCGAAAUCAAUGAGAUGCGAAAACUUCUGGUCCAGCAGCUGAAAUCGGAUCAGUGGUAUAAUGAAUGCUUGGAAAAGGGUAUUCAAUUCCAAUUUAUCCCUCCACGAGCACCCCACUGCGGUGGGAUAUGGGAAGCAGCAGUAAAGAGUUUUAAGCACCAUCUCGUUCGAAUUCUGGGAUCGUCGCCGUAUGAACUUGACGAACUUCGCACAGGAAUCGCUCAGGCCGAAGGCAUCUUGAAUUCACGGCCCUUGACACCGCUCUCCAAUCAUCCAGAAGAUCUCUCGGUGCUCACUCCAGCACACUUCAUUCUAGGCGAGUCAACUUUCAACCUACCUGAGCCAGACUACGUAAGUAUUCCACUGCAUCGUCUUACUCGAUUUCAGAUGACUCAGCGAGCUAUGGGUGAUUUAUGGAAACGCUGGGCUAAGGAGUACAUAGGACUGUUGCAUCAGCGCCCAACCAAAUGGAGAAAGACCCCUACAGACUUCAGGGUUGGAGCAAUGGUCCUGUUGAAGAAUGAAUCGUCCCCACCCAAGCAGUGGCCACUCGGACGUGUGGUAGCAGUUUAUCCGAACAAGGACAACAUUGUUCGUGUGGUAGAUGUCCGCACUCAAGGUGGCAUCCGUCGUCGUGCAACAACCGAACUCUGUCUCCUACCGAUUGAAGAGGACUCUCCGGAUGCUAAAGUGAUGUCAAGCGAGGAGUCUACAAUAACUUCUGUUGGUUGA